ACCUGGUUUGCUCGAGUUGUGUUUUCGAAUGGUGCGAGUUUGGUUUGCGUACAAAAAUUGGCUGGUUCGUUUUUCGGUUCCGGGAUAAAGUUUGAUCGUUUUUAAUCCGCUCAUCAUUCGCAAAAGUCAAGUUAAUUGUGUGGCAAAAGGAAAUAAUAAACCACUGAACGGUUCGAGCCUAGAAAAGUGCGAAUUCGCGUUCGAUUUCCUGCUCGAAAUGGAUGCGAAAAAAUUAUCGAUCUGACCCAAGGUGAAAGUUCAUUGCUGCUGCUUGCUAGCUGAUGGGAGGAAUGUACCACAAAGAGCUCUGCUUUGGAAUAAUCAGGAACAGAAAACGACAACCCCUUCCAGCAGCGAUUGAAGCUGACUCUGUUGAACGCAGCCGUAAUUUGUCGCUUGAGAUAAUUGCCUUGUGCAAUCUUUUCUAGGAGUAACAAAUUAAACCAGCGACAACCCACCACCCUCUGACAAAUCUCGCUCAACCAAAAAUGUCCCAUUGACCUCCUUUCAGUACUGCUACAUCUACAAAACUCUCCCAAUCAUGAAUCCCACAGUUGGCAACGAGCCUCCUUCGCCGCUAGCCAUCGGAAUCGACUUCGGCACCAGCUUCUCCAGUGUUGGCAUUUACCGGAAUGGCAAAUUUGAAAUUAUAGCCAACGGCAACGGAAGUCAUCGGAUCCCCUCGGUGGUGGCGUUCACCGAAAAGGGCCGGCUGGUGGGUGAAGAUGCUCUCGGGCAAGCCGAUUUGGACCCUCCGAAUGCGAUCGUGGAGGUGAAACGGAUUCUAGGAAGAGAUAAACGGGACAGUGGAUUGGAGGUUCAAUUCAAGGGGGAGAGUAAGAAGUACCAUCCGGAAGAGAUUUGCGGUGUUAUUUUAGGGAACUUGAAGGCGAUGGCUGAAAGGAAGCUGGGGUGUUCGGUGGGAUCGGCUGUGAUUGCUGUACCGGCCGGGUUUAGCGAUGGACAGAGACAGGCACUAUUGGAUUCGGCUGCCGUUGCUGGAAUCCAAGUGCUGAGGCUUAUCAACGAGCCGACCGCGGCUGCGAUGUCAUUUGGGAUCAACAAGAAAGUAAUAGGCGAACAGUACGUGCUGAUUUGUUCGUUCGGGGGAGGAUUCCUGGAUGUGUCGAUUGUGACGAUCUAUAAUGGCGUGUUCGAGGUGAAGGCAACUUCCGGUGAUACUCAGUUUGGUGGAACGGACAUUGACGAUCGUUUGGUGGCGCAUUAUUCGAAAGAGUUUUUCGAAAAGUAUGGAAAGGAUGUGGCCUCGAAUACGGUGGCUUCAAGGAAAUUGCGGAAAGCGUGUGAGCAAGCGAAACGAACACUGUCCUACACGAAUCAAGCGUCCAUAGACGUUGACGAUAUGAUGGAGGGUCAAUCGUUCGAAUCGGUCCUAACGCAGGAACUUUUUGAGGAAUUGAAUCGGGAUCUGUUCGAUCGGGUGAUAUUGCAUGUGGAAACGGCGCUUCGGCGAGCUCGGAAGGAUAGAUUUGCGAUACAUGAGAUUAUGCUGGUAGGGGAAUCUUCCCGGAUACCUCGGGUGCAAGUUAUGCUGAGUGAGUUUUUCGAUCGACGAUCGCUCAGCAGUUCGGUCAAUUCGGAUGAGGCUGUUGUGGUGGGAUCGGCCAUUGCCGCCGCGAUUCUCAGCGGGGAGAAGUCUGUCGAAAUUCAGGAUCUGCUGUGGUUGGAUGUGGUUCCACGAUCGAUUGGGCUGGUUUCAGAGAGUGAGGUCGAUGGGUCGCCUCGUAUACUAGUGAGUAGAAACUCGAGGGUUCCUUUGAAGGUGAAACAUCGGGUGAAAAGUUUCCGAGAAACGCAACUUCUGUAUGAAGGAGAAAGUGCCAUUGUUAGUGAUAAUGUAUUGUUGGGCCGACUGAAGAUCGAGGGUACCUUUGAGGAUAUCGAGGAUGUUGGACUGUUGUUCAGUGCUGAUACGAAUGGAAUUUUAUACGCCGUAGUUGAGGGAAAUAUUGAGUUGAAGGCGACCCUGGAUAAAGGAAGACUGGAACGAUACGAAAUCGAUCGAAUAGUUUAUGAACAUAAAAAAACUCUGCUGGAAGCGGAGAAACAUGAGCAGGAUACCAAGGAACAGGAAGUGAUGAAAGACGUAGUACCGGCUCAGCAAAUAAUUGAUCCAAGUGAUGAGCUAGCAGGCACUUGGGAACGAUUCGGCGAAUGGAUACACUGCAUUUGUAUAGUGACCUUCGAUUUGGAACUUGGUCAAGCGAUGGAAUUGAUUUAUCCGAAGCAUGUUAGUUUGACCGAGCAAGAAAAGAUGAAUAUUUGCUAUUUGGCGUUUCCAGACUCCAACUCAGGCUGUAUGGGAGAUUCUCAAUUCCAUAUACGAUUGCGAGUUUCACCUGGAUCAGAAUCUUCUUCAUUGAGUAAAGAGCACCAAGACUUCAACUGUCACUGCUUGCCUGUGCACAGAGCUGAUCCGGGACACUUUUGGGGAUUCGUAUAUUUCCGACAAAUCAAGGAUGCCACACUUAAACGAGGAUACUUCCAGAAAAGUCUCGUUUUGCUUACUCGUCUCCCAUUCGUGAAUCUUUUCUACGAGAUCUGUGCUCUUAUAGCACCAUCCUAUUUUUCUACUGGUGAACCAACUUUGGAAGCUGUCUGCGAUAACAUCUGCCACUGGCCAUCUCUACUAGCCGGAGAUAAUAUUUCACUGCAUCUACUGGGUAGCAUCUAUGAAGUUUCGAUUCCGAAGCAGAAUUACAAAUCCUUCACAACGGAGAAGCUCAAGUCUGAAAACAUUUCUUCCACCAGCCCUCAGACACAAAUAAUUGCAUCCAUCCACGAAAUAGAUAUAUUCAAAAGCCUUCAAUUUUUCCUGCCACACAUCCACCUGCUUUGGGAGCUCGUCCUUACCGGAGAACCGAUCGUAGUCACUGGAACAUCCCCAACGGAUUGUGCCCACAUGGUUCAAUCCCUUAUGAGUCUCAUCAACCCCCUAUCGUACUGUGCUGAAAGUCGACCCUACUUCACCAUUCACGAUAGUGAGUUCAAAGAAUUCACCCAAAACAAGAACGGCCAUCCGUCAAUUAUUCUGGGCGUCACGAAUCCAUUCUUUGCCAAGACGCUUCAACAUUGGCCACACACAAUCCGACUCCAGGAUAGCACCGAAACCGUACUGCAAAAGCAGAAACAAAUCGCCUCCACAGGCGGAAAUCCAGCCGGAGCCGAAGCAGCCGCAUCCCUCUCCAAACUCUCGAAGAUCAAACAAAUCACCAACAAGCUCCUGGACUCAUCGCCUGGGGUUUACACUCAGUACAAACCAUUCAUCUCGAAGGACAAAGCCUUUAUCAAAAAGAUCCUUUUGGGAAUCAAAACCGAACGUCCACCGUCAGUACAAUCCGCCUUGCUUCGGCGCCACCUUCUUGAACUUACGCAAAGCUUUAUGAUCCCGCUGGAGCGCUAUAUGGCUUCGCUGAUGCCGCUCCAGAAAGACAUCUCACCCUUCAAAUCAGCCCCGCUUCCGAAUCCCUUCAAGCAGGAAGACUUCCUGGCAACCCUUGAAGAAUGCGGACCUCAGCUCACGUCAACCUGCAAGGGUGAUUGGGAAAACCUUUAUAAAAGAUUCUUCGCCUCUCCCAACUUCAAGGGUUGGUACGAAACACGUUACUUCGAGCUGCAGCAAACCCUCCAAGCGCUUCACAUGCAAACCCUGUCCGAGUCCAACCUAUCCGAGUGGGUCAAGGGCAAACACGAGGUCGAAAUCGUCGACAUGAUCCUGCGGCUCAAGCAGAAGCUCACCCUCUGCAGCAGCUCCCAGAUGGCCGCCCUGCCUGUUCAGCUCAACACCAAGGACACCCGCGAACAGCUGCUGCGCCACCUGGAGAGCAUGAAACGAUGUCUUCCGGACGAUUUGAAGCAAAUUUUAAACAAUAUCUGAUAGGGAGGAAACAGUUUAUGUUUUUUUAAAUUCCGUUUUAAUUAGGAUUUUGUUUUAAAUUUUUUUAAAUUUGAUUGCUUGCUAUAGAGAAAAAUGGAAGGAAAUUAUACAUAUACGUAGGCUAAAUAUACAUACAUAUAUGGAAGUUUUAUGUUCAACAAGA